AUGGCUCAGAAAACCGUCAGCAUUAGGUCAGGUGGAGCCACUAGGAAUUUUAGUGCCUCCUCUGCCGUUAUCCCAGGUAGCCGAACCAGCUUCAGCUCCAUUUCUGUUUCCCGGGGAGGUAGCGGAGGUCUGGGACGGGUCAGUGCUGGUGGUUUCGGCAGCAGGAGCUUCCAUGGUCUAGGUGGAAGCAACAGAAUUUCCGUUAGCGGAGGCUAUCACGCUGUUAGAUCUGGAUAUGGUUAUGGAUUAGGUUACGGUGGGGCUGGGUAUAGGAUUGGUGGAGCUGAAUAUGGGUUCGGUGGUGGAUUCGCACCCGGAGCUGGUGGCAUCCAUGAAGUCACUGUCAACCAGAACCUCCUGGCGCCCCUCAACCUGGAGAUCGACCCCACCAUCCAGAAGGUGCGGAAGGAGGAGAAGGAGCAGAUCAAGACCCUCAACAAUAAAUUUGCCUCCUUCAUCGACAAGGUCCGGUUCCUGGAGCAGCAGAAUAAGGUGCUGGAGACCAAAUGGUGCCUGUUGCAGGAGCAAAAAACCACGAAAAGUAAUAUUGAACCCAUGUUUGAGGCUUACAUCAAUAACUUGAGGAGGCAACUAGAAGCUCUUGGAGGUGAAAGGCUUCAGCUGGAUGGAGAGCUGAAGAACAUGCAGAACACAGUAGAAGAUUUCAGGAUCAGGUACGAAGAUGAGAUCAGCAAGCGCACGGCUGCAGAGAAUGAGUUUGUGGUGCUCAAGAAGGAUGUGGACAUUGCCUACAUGAACAAGGUGGAGCUGGAGGCUAAAGUGGAUGCCCUAACUGACGAGAUCAACUUCCUGAGAGCUCUCUAUGAAGCAGAAUUAGCUCAUUUGCAGUCACAAAUCUCAGACACGUCUGUCGUCCUUUCAAUGGACAACAGCCGAAAUCUGAACCUGGAUGGCAUCAUCGCAGAGGUCAAAGCUCAGUACGAGGAUAUUGCUAACAGGAGCCGAACUGAGGCAGAGUCUUGGUACCAAACCAAGUAUGAGGAGCUACAGCUGACCGCUGGCAAACAUGGGGUCGACCUGCACAACACCAAGAUCGAGCUCUCUGAGAUGAACCGCAUGAUUCAGAGGCUCCACUCUGAAAUUGACAAUGUGAAGAAGCAGUGCGCCAAUCUGCAGACAGCCAUUGCCGAUGCUGAGCAGCGCGGCGAACUAGCCCUUAAAGAUGCCCAGGCAAAACUAGCUGAGCUGGAGGAAGCCCUGCAGAAGGCCAAGGCAGACAUGGCGCGCCAGCUGCGGGAGUACCAGGAGCUGAUGAACGUCAAGCUGGCGCUGGAUAUCGAGAUCGCCACCUACAGGAAGCUGCUGGAAGGAGAGGAGAGCAGGCUAGCUGGAGAAGGUGUUGGUGCAGUGAACAUCUCUGUGGUCAGCUCGGCCGGUGGAAGCAGCUAUGGCGCUGGGGGUGGGCUGGGCCUGGGGGUCGGGCUGGGAAAUGCGGCCGGACUCGGCUACGGCAUUGGAGGAAGCAGCUUCAGCGCCAGCAGCGGGAGAGGUCUGAUGGGAGGAUUCGGAGCUGGAGGGGGAAGCAGCUCCAGCAUGAAGAUCAUCUCGAAAACCACCUCGACCAAAAAGAGCAUCCGCAGCUAA